CCCGUUCAAGCCCAAAGUUAACCGAGCGCCUUCAUCUCCAUCGCCAAACCAUUCCUCUUCCUCUUCCCCUCUUGCUCUCUUCAUCGCCAAAACAUUCACUGCCUUCAUCUUCACGGGAGCCUAGAAUGCUCGCGAGGUGGGCUGCUCGUGAGGCGGGCUUUUGCAGUGGUCGUUCGCUGCUCAACCUGGAGUAGCAAUAGGGGAGGAAGAGAAGCGUAUCCCGGCCACAGUGACCUUCCGAUCCAGCAUGGGCCCUUCCGUCGUUGUUUGUUGCAGGCUCGUAGUUGGGAACACUGAAAUCACUCAUCGACGAGGAUAAAGGAAGGGGGAAGGACAGGGAUGACGGCCCUGACGGUGGCGGGGAACUUCGUGCUGUUGUUCUUCUUGACGCCACUUCUGGCAUCGAUUCCGACUUGGGCAGUGGGGCCGCCGCUGGUGGUUUGGGCGUGCUGAUGAUGAAGACGGUAGUGGAGGUGGAAUGGGAGAACAUGAGGGAAGCCAUCCCCGCCUUCGUCACCAUCAUUUUGAUGCCCCUCACCUACUCAAUUACGUACGACCUCAUCGGUGGCAUUGCCACCUACAUCGUCCUCCGCCUUUGCGAAUACAUCUGCUCUGUUCUCGUCAAGAGCUUCCAUCUUCUCCGCAAUAGCUCUGCUUUAUUACCUUGUUCGAUCAAUGUGGAUGGUUGAGACUAAAGAUAGUUAUCUUUUGUCCAUUCAACAUGUUCAUCAUGGGAAAAAUACUUUGGGAGAAAGACAUGGCUCUUCGGUUUUCGUCCAACAUGGUCUUUUUAGGUAUUAACUCAAAUCCUUUUGAUGUGGAUGUUUCCCAAAUUUAAACAUUUGUUCAUGUUAUUUUCAAAUUAUUGUUCUUUUGUCUUCUCAUGUGAGAAGGGCGGAGACAUAUAGUUCAUGAAUUCAUUUAAGUAGUCACUAGAUUUCAUCCUUGCAGAUAGUGGUUUUGAUGUUUGGGUUGGUAAUGUACACAACAUAAGAUGGAGCCAUGGUCAUACUAGUUUAUCUAUUCAUGAGAAGGUUUCUCUUUUUUUGUUUCAUUUCCUCGAUAAUACAUAGUUAUGUUCUCUCAUACUCUUUAUAUUAGAGUAUUUUGAUCAUAAUGUUAUGUAGUCCUUUGACUAUUUUUCCAGGCAUAUUGGUAUUAGAGUUGGCAAGAAUCGGCACAGAACGACUAGCAAGCUAUGAUAAGUUAUAGAUUUUCUAAACUAGUAGCCCUUGAUUGAUGUUUGUAGUUAUUAAAUUUAGAAUCUUAUUCAUGGUUUUACACUUUUCAUGCCAUGUGUUGAAGCCAAAGAGGGGUUGAAAUAAAUUUGCAAAAACUUAAGAGGUUACACCAGCAAGACUUUAUAUCAAUCUGUUAGGUAUACAAUUAUAGUUUCUAAUUUGUAAUAUAUAUAUAUUUAUUUGAGAAGGAGUCCUCAAUGGUACUGGGAAGAAUGUCGGAAAGCCGAAAAAAUGGAAACUUUAGCAGGUUAAGGAGUAAUGGGAGCUAUGGUGCCGCCUCUUCAUUGACAUCUAAGUAGAAA